GGCGGGAGCAGAUGUCAACACAACACUUUAAAUAUUUUUAUUUUUUUACACUUUUAAUCAAGAAGCUGGAACUAUGAGUGGGUUGCUGUAUUGUCUGCCCCUGACCUCCACCUGGCUACAGGGGGCUGACCCGGGGGAUAAGGAGCGCCUAGAUGAGUGUCUCACCCUGAUCAGGAAUGACACACACCCUCUCAUUUUCUUAGGAGAACAUGCCAGUGGGAAGACAGUUCUGCUGUUCCAGGCUGGAGUGGCGUACGCGAGCCAGGACCUGCAUGUGACGCUGAUAAGCCGCCGCCCCCUCUCCCGUAUGCCCCACUCUGUACACGGCAUGAUACGACCAGAGGCAGCAGGGAACCUCAACACACUCACCUUCCUGUAUAUGAGCAAUGUAAGUGAUCUAUUGGAGUACUGUGCAAGCGUUCACACCCGGUCGGUGACCCCCGACGUCCUCAUUGUGGAUGACCUUGACUUCUACCUCAAUCAGCUUAUUGAGCCGAGCCCAGAAGCUGGUUGUGCAAAAUUGUGUGCUCUACUUGUGGACACUCUCCACUUCAUCCGGCAGAAGAGCCCCCAUGGUGCCCUACUGCUGGGCUGCACCCCUCAACACAAACUCUGGAGCCACAUCUUCUCUCACUUCAAAUUCACAGCUGCUGAGCUUGCUGUGUUGGACCGUCCCGGACAGUUGUACAGUGUGAGCAUUAGUACAGGGAGAGUCCAAUUGUCACUAACAUACCAGGUGAAAACUGAAGGAGUUGUCAUGAAGGAGGUCAAUGCCAGUAAGGCUGUCACCUGACCGCAGCAGGACCUAAUGUACUGGUGUGAUGCAAGUCACUGUGAUGGCAUGCUUAGUAAUACAGGUGUGCAUCAAAAGUGAAUCUGUAUGUGCAUUAUCACAAUGCCUUCAUGUUCUCACUGAAAAAUUUGGAAUUGGAAAAGGACUUGCCAAGCACAACUGGAAAUUUGGAAUUAAAAAAUGACAUGCCAAGCUCAAUUGGAAAUUCAGAAUUCAAAAAGGACUUGCCGGGCUCAGCUCAACUGGAGAUAGGGACCUGAAAAAGGACUUUUCGAGUUCAACUUGAAAUAGGGACUUGAAAAAGGACUUGCCGAGCUCAACUGGAAAUGGGGUCUUGAAAAAGGACUUGCCGAGCUCAACUUUUGAAUUGUUGUCUAUACCUUUUCUCUGGGCUUCUUUUUUUACAAGAUGUGUGUUUUAAGCAUAGACGUAUUUCCCUAAACAAUCUUGCAAUUCAAUUAAAUGCUGCCAUGUCUUUUUAGCUAGAGAGUAUACCAAUAUAAAAAUCGGGCUAUUGUGAUAGCCUUUGAGCCAUCAGUAGUCGGUGUGCAGAAACAUAAACCUUUGCUAUUACUCAUAAAACUCACAAGAUAUUUAAAUGAAACUUGGUACAUAUGUUGCCAGAGAAUCCAGCUGUAAUCACAGGGGUUUUAUCUCAAUUAUUUUACCCUAUAUAUAGUGUAUAGACAAGGGGUACCACACCAAUUGGGCAAUCCUGACAUGGGUUUGCAAACAUCAUUGCACACAUGAUUUUACUAAGGUAAUUUUAUAUCUGGGAUUUUUUCAAAUGUGUGUCAGAAUGCAGUUAUAUUUAUGUCUUUAUUAAUAACUCAAUAUUGUGGUAAUUUCGGUCAUUCAAGUUUUUAAUAUUUGUCACUUAAGAAAAAAAAUGUUUUAACUAUACUCAUGGCCAAAAGUCGUGUGUCCUCUUUCCAUUGAUACCAAAUUUAUGAGUGUGCGAUAUAAAACAAAACAGAUAUUGUAGUUUUUGUUGACCGGACAAGACUUUUAGAUAUUGUAGUUUUUGUAGACCGGACAAGACUUUUGGAUAUUGUAGUUUUUGUAGACCGGACAAGACUUUUGGAUAUUGUAGUUUUUGUAGACCGGACAAGACUUUCGGAUAUUGUAGUUUUUGUAGACUGGACAAGACUUUUGGAUAUUGUAGUUUUUGUAGACCGGACAAGACUUUUGGAUAUUGUAGUUUUUGUAGACCGGACAAGACUUUUGGCCAUUAGUAUAGUAUCAUUCUUUUGAGAAUUGGACAAAUGGUGUUGUAGUGGCCUUGCUUAUAAAUUAUAUAUGGGUUAAAAAUAUUCGAGAGAAACCCCUGUGGCUGUAAUGAUUGUUGAGAAAUGCCUUUUGUGUUUAAAACAACAUCAGACGAAUGUUCUUGUUAAUUAAUUGUUACUGUAUAGAAAACAAAAACAUAGCAAAACUUGUUUUGUAUAUUUAUUGACAAGAAUGAUAUACAUGUUCUUGAAAACAAAAAACUAACAAACAUUUUUGUAUAACCCUGUUUACUUGAAGGAAUAAACUUUAAAACAGUACUCCCCCUUGGUCAAAUCUUAAUGGAUGAUUAAAACGUAGGCAAUUUUCAUAUAAAUUUGCGUAAUCUUUAAAAAUAUGGAUACUAAGAACCUUUAAAAAAAAAAAGAAAA